AUGGACCCUGAGGACGACAGAGGGGACCCGACGGAGGACAGGGCCCUCGAUCAGUCCGGGAAGAACACGGAGGAGCGGGAUGGGGCCGGAUGGUGGUGGCGGGUGCGGCAGGCCUGGCACAUCCGGGUACCCGAGAGCCUGAGGCCCGGUGUGGCGGGAGCAGAUGCUGAGACACAAGUCAUCAUGACUCUGGGGGAGAGGAAUGAGCUCCCGAAGCAUGAGGAAGAUCAUCAAGACCCAAGAGAGGUCCAGUGCCCGGUAGAUGCGCAGCUGUCGGAGGCUGAGGAGGAGGAAGAGGGCCUGUCUCCCCCCUCCUCCACUUACUCCCCUUUGUUUUCGGGUUCCUCCCCCUCCUCCUCCUCUUCCUCUUCCUAUUUCGCCCUGUACCCUGGCACCCCAGAGGAGGGGUCUGCUGCUGGGUCCCCAAGUCCCCCCCAGAGUCCUCUGAGGGCCUGCCCCUCCCCCAGUGCCCUGGCAGGCCCUCCCUGGAGCCAGUCUGAAGACAGCUUAAGCACUUCAGAUGAGGAGCGGUGGGGCGCCGGGGUGGAGCCGGAAGUCGCCCCGCCCGUGGCCCAGGAGGGGUUCCAUGUGAAGGCGGUUGACCUGGUAGCGUUUCUGCUCCACAAGUAUCGCACCAAGCAGCCUACCAGCAAGGCAGAGAUGCUGGAGGUCGUCACCCCAGAAUACCAGGACGACUUCCCAGUGAUCUGGGGCCAAGCGUCCGAGUGCAUGCAGCUGGUCUUUGGCCUAGACUUGAUUGAAGUGGAUCCUAUUGCACACUCCUACGUCCUGGUCACCGUCUUGGGCCUCAGCUAUGAUGGGAUGCUGAGCGGUGAGCAGGGCCUGCCCAAGACCGGCCUCCUGGUGCUGCUCCUGGGGGUGAUCCUCCUGGAGGGCGACUGUGUCCCCGAGGAGAAGGUGUGGGAGGCGGUGGGGGUCAUAGGAGUGUUUGCCGGCAAGCAGCACCUCAUCUAUGGGGAGCCUGGGGACCUCCUCACCCACGUCUGGGUGCAGGAAGGCUACGUGGAGUACCGGCAGGUGGCGGGCAGCGACCCUACUCGCUACGAGUUCCUGUGGGGGCCCAGGGCCUACGAGGAAACCAGCAAGCUGCGGGUCAUGGAGUAUUUGCUGCACAUCAAUAGCAGGCAGCCGGUGUACUUCCCAGCCCAGUCUAAGGAGGAGAGGAGGAGUGAUGAGGAAGAGGGGGCCUGA